AUGGGUCGAGAUAGUAUACCCAGUUCACCGUCGUCGGGGCCAGGGCACAAUGCCGAAGACCGCACACCCGGCAGUGAAUCGACCGUGGAAGAGGCUGUUGCGAGUGAGCCUGUCCAGCCGGCUGCUGUAAGCCCGCGCGGGGACAUGCCUGCGUGGAAAUGGAAGGGCAGCAUUGUUGUGCUGCUACUGACGACCGUCAUCAGCGGAUACGAUGUCAGCAAUGUCGCCAAUAUCCAGGCCCGUCUGUACGAGGCGUUUGGCAACAUCGAGCUCCUACCCUGGAUUGGUCUGUCUUACAGUCUUGCGAGUUUUGCGGUUCUCGGACUGUCGCGCAAGAUCCUGUACUGCUUCAAUAUGCGCUGGAUCUAUAUUGUCAAUGUUGUCAUCUUCAUGGCUGGUGCUGCUGUUUCUGGGGCUGCGACGAAUAUCUCUGCCGUCAUUGUCGGCCGCAUUAUCAUGGGUGUGUCCGGUGCGAUUGUCUAUCAGAGUAACUUGACCUUCGUCGCUGUGUUCGCCUCGCCCACCGAGACCCCCCGUCUGUUCGGUCUACUGAGUGCAACCUGGGCCAUUGGGCUGGUCAUCGGAGGCCCCAUUGGAUCAGCGCUAGCUGCCAACCCCCAUACCACCUGGCGCUGGGCCUUCUACAUGAACCUCCCCUGGGUCGGCCUCGCCCUGGUCCUCAGUCUCCUCUGCAUCCCAAGCAAAUACCUAGGCCCAGACAUCCCCGUCGUCCAACGAAUCAUCAAAAUGGACCCUAUCGGCCUCGUCCUCAACAUGGCCUCCCCCGUCCUCUUCGCCGUGGCCCUCGAAUUCUCCGGCUCCGUCUGGCACUGGUCCGACGGCGCCACGAUCGCCGUCUGGGUCCUCUUCGCCGUCAGCACAAUAGCCUGGUUCCUCCAACAAUCCCUCUGCGUUUUCACCACCCGCGAAGAACGCUCUAUCCCCCUGCACCUCCUGCAGCGAAUGGACCUCCUCCCCCUCUGGUUCGCCUCGGGCUGCGCAGGCGCCUCCUACGCCGUAACACUCUACUACACACCCCUCUACUUCGCCUUCGCCCGCGGCCACGACGCCCUGCAGCAAACAGUCCGAAUCCUCCCUUUCAUCCUCGUCUUCAUCGCAGUCGUCAUUCUCGUCGGCGGCUCCCUGCCGAAGAUCGGUCGCUAUGCACCGGUAUACCUCCUCGCCGGUCUAGCUACCAUCUCUGCUGCGGCAGGAAUGGCAACCAUGAUGCCGAAAACAUCAACCACCGAAUCAACAAUCAUGGGUCUGGAAGCACUCAUCGGGGUUGGCCUGGGCUGCUCCUUCCAGCACGGCGUGGGGAUUUCAAACGUCAUGAACCAGAAAUCCCCACGGGACCGCGUCGACUCGGCUAUCUUAUUCAACAUGGCGCAGAUGGGCGCGAUCGCCAUCGUUCUGGCUGUUGCGGGGUGUAUCUUCCAUAAUGUCGGAUAUAACCUGCUUAAUGAGGCAUUGGGCGAUAGGGGGUACAGCGAGCAUGAUCUGCGAGAGGCACUAGCGGGGGUUUCGUCUGUUGUGUGGCAGUCGCGCGACCCCGAUGUGAUUAAACGCGGCGUGGAGGCUGUGUCGAAGGUUAUUGGGAGGGAGUUUUAUCUUGUUGUUGCUGGGGGUGCGAUUUGUUUGGUUUGUGCGCUGCUUAUGAAGUGGGAGAGGUUGGAUUAUGGGAUAACGAAGGGGACGAAGCGGACCAAGGAGGUGAAGGCUUGA